CCCCCUUCCUCCUCCUCCGCAGAUAAAUCAGUUUCAGCUCAGGAAUAUGUCAGCCUAGGGGAAGUUGCAAACGGUGGUUACUCAUUUAUUUGCCUAUGGAAAACGGUCAAAGGCUUUCUCUCCCGAAAGGAAAGAGGUGGGGGCUGCACCUGGCGGUGCAAAGUUGUUGCUCGCUGUCAGGGGCUGCUGUUUUAAGAUCAGAUGGCCGCGUGUCUCCAGUCUUGUUGCCGGUCCCUUCUUUUUGUUUGACAGCGGAUUGGCCCUGAUGGCUUUUCUCCAGGGCGCACUGUGCACCGCGAUGGCCAGACUGCCGGAGGGAGAAAGCGUUUAGAUGAGUCGAGCCGCCUCGUUGGGUACCCAGUGUUGGUGCGAGUCGCUGACAUCCCUGUCCGCCACCCUCGGCCUCACGGUGCCUGGUCUGGUUGAGGUCUAGAGAGAAGCGCUGAGCUCUUUUUGUCGAGCGCCUGAGCAGGACUCGGUGAGCACCAGUUAAAAGUGGGUUCCCUGCUCGGGCGCACGAUGCCAUUGCGGGCCAUCCUGGCGAGUGAGCAGAGCGCAGCAGUCUUAUUUCUGGGGGAGCUUGGAGCAGGGACAGGCGCCCUCUGCCUAGUGUCUCUUCUGUACUACUUGGAGCCACACCUCAGAGGCCAGGGAGGGGCUUAUUCUGGAGCAUCCGCAUGUGUAUGUGUGUAUGUUUACUGUGCUGGGAUACAGAGAAAGGGGGUGACAGCCUGGAGAGUUUUUUAAAAAAAUGGAUCUAUUAAAAGGCUUCAAGGCUGUGGUUCUUUUUAAGUACACGUACUUAUUUAUACCUGUGUCCUUAAGGUUUGCACCAUUCUGUUGAAUCGAGAGGCUUUCUGGUUUGGAAGCUACUGGGCAGUCUUAGGGAUCUCUGGUCCCAGGGGAGGGACCGGGCUGUGCUGUGCACUUAGGACAUUGGCUUAGAAGAGUUAAAGGGUUUGGUUGCCUGGAUUAGGAAAGCCUCCCACCUGGUAUGAAAUCCCAUUUUGCAAUACGUUAUUAUUUCUGACUCAGGAAAAAUGGCCAUCAGACAGAGUUCUGAUCCGGUUUCAUGUGUUUGGGGAUUUUGAAUGACUUAGACUAAAAGGUGCAUCUUUGAACCCUGCCACCUCGAGUAUCUGAUCUGAUCUGGCUUCCCCUAAAUUAACAAGAACAUGCAUCGGAGACUGCUGUGCUCUGAGAAGGACUUUGGAGGUUGAAAAUAUUCUGCUCCUUGUUUUGUGGCUUCUUAGUAUGUUUGUGGUGAAGGAACUGCUCAGGGAACAUUUUCGGUCAUCAAAUGUUUUGGCAGCCGCAUGCCGUGUCACACUAUGGAGUUAUUUUGGCAGCUUGCUGGUGAGCCGUUCAUUCCUCUGAAAUGAUGCGAUCCCUCCUAGCUUCCUUUCUUCUGGUAACACCCUGUGCAACUGGUAUUAUCCUUGAACAUACUUGGGAGUGUUUGUCAACGUGACUAUAUCUCAAUUAGUGUUCUCUAGAAGCACUUUGCAUUUAGCAGGCCUGUAUCCAGCCACCGCAAUCCUGAGCGCUAGGCACUUUUAAAAAGAAUUCCAAAAGCAGCAGUCAAGUUGCAUUCUACAUCCAUGAAACAAAAGAAGAACAGUGUUAAACUGGCAUGAUACAAUGGUUGGAUUCAGACAGGUUAUUUUCAAUCUUGUGUCUAGAAUUGCAUAUAUCCUCUUCCCUUUACUACAUGAUUUGUAAAAAGCAUAAGAUGAAUGAAUAACCCUUUCUCUGUAAGAAUUAGAGGAAUCUUUACAUGUUGAUAAUUAUCUAGAAGGUAUUUUCUCCUUUGGUUCAUUUUACUUUCAAGAAAUAUUUCAAUGACCAGUGUUUCUUUCAGUUUUCAUUUUUAUGCAGAAAUUCACACAUUGGGACAUGAUUUUCAUAAUUAACAAAUAGGAAUAUAAUAUUUUAUUCGUGUUAAAGUCUCUUUUGCUGCAAUUUUUGCACUAAAAUGACCCCUACUGGUUGUAUCUGUUAAUGAAAGCUCUUUGGAAAACUUCAUGAGGCUACACUGAGAAAGCUUAGUGCAUGGUAUAGAAAUGUUCUCAUGACUAAUCUACUUGCUUUCAAUGACAUAACUUAAGUACAACUUGAAUUGCUGUUUGCCAACUUGCAGUGAUUUUUAUGUGUUUUACUGCCAUCCUGUCUUUGUGUGGAGAAAAAUCAUGUUUUUAACUGCAGCUCCUAAAAUGAGUCAGAUCAGUCACGAGGAGACAUGGACCCAUUUCAUCUUGAGGUUCCUUGCCUUGGGUUUUAAGGCAUACUGACCCAUAGUGGGGCCUCACUGGAAGUGCAUUGAAUAAAUGGAUGAACAGUGCUAUUCAAAGAAAGAAAAAGUAUUUUCUGAAAGAUUAAAUUAUGUGAUGUCUUAGUGAAUCAUGUGAGAUGCUCCUUUGGAUUUCUUUACCACAUAGUUUAGACUGUUAGUAAAUAAAUCCUGAUUUAAUUAUUCCUUUUUUUUUCUAAAUUUAUUCAAAUUGUGCAUGAUACCUGCUGGUUUUCUGCCAUCCUCUUAAUCUCAAAAGUGCUUUAUGGCCCCUGAGAGAGUGCAAGUGCCUCUCCUGUUUCCACUCAUCUAGGGAGUCUUCCUGUUGCCCUCUGCUGCAUUCUGCCUGGCCUGUGUUCUUGGCCAGGCUGCCUGCCUCCAGGGAAAUUGCCUAGAAGCCAGAGAAACAAGUUUGGAUUCUGAACCCCUGAGGUAGAAGUUUGGAUGAGAAACCUCUUGGGGGAGGUGAGACAACAUUAUGAAAAACUAAUGGAGAUUUUCUACAAAGAAUAUUUUGAUGGGACAGUGAGAAUGAUAUUUUAAGCUAAGUGGGUCUCUCCUAUGUAAAAUAUAUAGUGGACAUAUUUCUGUGAGGAGUGGCUGGCACAAGGUGCAGGAGCGUGACCAGCCGUCUCUGGAUAAUAACACCAGUAGAUGGUGACUUGAGUUUGUCAGUAUGCAAGGACAGUGAUUAGAAACCAAGUGGAUGCAAUUGAGUUGCUUUGCUCUGAGGACUUUGUUGUAUUGGAUCCAGGUGAUUUCUGUUGCAGAUAAGCACAAACUUCUUUAUUUUUUUUUUAAGAUUUAUUUAUUUAUUUGAAACAGUUACAGGGAUAGAGAAGAAGAAAGAGAUCUUCCAUCUGCUGGUUCACUCUCCAAAUGGCCGCAACAACGAGGCUGGGCUAGACUGAAGCCAGGAAUUUCUUCCAUGGGUGCAAGGGCUCAAGUACUUGGGUCAUUCUCCACUGCUUUCCCAGGUGCAUUAGCAGGGUACUGGAUCAGAAGUGGAGAGCCGGGGCUGGAACUGGUGCCUUUAUGGGAUGCCAGCGCUGUUCUUUUCCCAGUAAAUAUAUACUCGGUGGCUCAACCUUUGUGGAACUUAAUUUUCCAUGAUCACUACCAUGUGAAAAUUGCUUUUUGUGUACACAAUCCUUGUAUUUCUCCCAUGUUUUUUAACUUUUUCCUUCCAUUUUUCAUGGGGUAGUGAUUAGGAGAAUGAAGUCGGUGUGGAGGGUAUUUACAGCAAAAAAGCAAAAGUUUUUGAAAUGAUUGUCAUUAAAAGGUUAUGGUUUCUUCCCUUAGACUGGAAGACUGUCAGUGGAGAUGAUGGGUGCUUGCAAGACUAAGCUUGGGGCCAUAAGGAGGUGUCCCAGAGAGCAGGUGACUAGUGGCCAGAUGAGAACUGGGAUGAUGACCAGCUGCUUGGUUUUGAACCAUGCAACGAAAACCUUAUCUCUGGCUGCAAUAUAAUCAAUGGGAAAUGUGAAUGUGAUACCAUUCGAACAUGCAACAAUCCCUUUGAGUUUCCAAGGAAGGAUAUGUGCCUUUCAGCUUUAAAGAGGAUUGAAGAAGAGAAGCCAGAUUGCUCCAAGGCCCGCUGCGAAGUCCAGUUCUCUCCACGUUGUCCUGAAGAUUCCAUUCUGAUCGAGGGUUAUGCUCCUCCCGGGGAGUGCUGUCCCUUGCCCAGCCGCUGCGUGUGCAAUCCUGCGGGCUGUCUGCGCAAAGUCUGCCAGCCGAGAUACCUGAACAUACUAGUGUCCAAAGCCUCAGGGAAGCCGGGAGAGUGCUGUGACCUCUAUGAGUGCAAACCAGUUUUCAGCGUGGACUGCAGCACUGUGGAAUGCCCCUCUGUUCAGCAGGCCGUGUGCCCCCUGGAUAGCUAUGAAACUCAAGUCAGACUCACAGCGGAUGGCUGCUGUACUCUGCCAACAAGAUGCGAGUGUCUCUCUGGCUUAUGUGGUUUCCCCGUGUGUGAGGUGGGAUCCACUCCCCGCAUAGUCUCUCGUGGAGAUGGGACACCUGGAAAGUGCUGUGAUGUCUUUGAAUGUGUUAAUGAAACCAAACCUGCCUGUGUAUUCAAUAACGUGGAAUACCAUGAUGGAGACAUGUUUCGAAUGGACAACUGUCGAUUCUGUCGAUGCCAAGGGGGUGUCUCCAUUUGCUUCACUGCCCAGUGUGGUGAGCUGAACUGCGAGAGGUACUACGUGCCUGAAGGGGAGUGCUGCCCAGUGUGCGAAGAUCCAGUUUACCCUUUUAAUAAUCCCGCUGGCUGCUAUGCCAAUGGUCAGAUCCGCGCCCACGGAGACCGGUGGCGGGAAGACGACUGCACGUUCUGCCAGUGCAUCAACGGGGAGCCCCACUGCGUGGCCACGGCCUGCGGACAGAGCUGCAUGCACCCCGUGAAAGUGCCCGGGGAGUGUUGCCCAGUGUGUGAAGAACCAACCUACAUCACAAUUGAUCCACCUGCAUGUGGGGAGUUAUCCAACUGCACUCUGACAGAGAAGGACUGCAUUUAUGGUUUCAAACUCGAUCACAAUGGCUGUCGAACUUGUCAGUGCAAAAACAGAGAAGAGCUGUGCGCAGGCCUUAAACGCGGCUGCACCUUGGACUGUCCCUUUGGUUUCCUAACUGAUGCCCACAACUGUGAGAUCUGUCAGUGCCGCCCACGGCCCAAGAAGUGCAGACCCAUAAUCUGUGACAAGUACUGUCCACUUGGAUACCUGAAGAAUAAGCACGGCUGUGACAUCUGUCGCUGUAAGAAAUGUCCAGAGCUCCCAUGCAGUAAAAUCUGCCCCUUGGGGUUCCAGCAGGACAGUCACGGCUGUCUUAUCUGCAAGUGCAGAGAGGUCCCUGCUUCAGCCGGGCCACCCGUCUUGUCAGGCACAUGUCUGUCCAUGGAUGGCCAUCACCAUAAAAAUGAGGAAAGCUGGCAUGAUGGGUGCCGGGAAUGCUACUGUCACAAUGGACGGGAAAUGUGUGCCCUGAUCACCUGCCCGGUGCCUGCCUGUGGCAACCCCACCAUUCAUCCUGGACAGUGCUGCCCGUCCUGCGCAGAUGACUUUGUGGUGCAGAAGCCAGAGCUCAGCACUCCCUCCAUUUGCCAUGCUCCUGGAGGAGAGUACUUUGUGGAAGGAGAAACAUGGAACAUCGACUCCUGUACUCAGUGCACCUGCCACAGUGGCCGAGUGCUGUGUGAGACAGAGGUGUGCCCGCCGCUGCUGUGCCAGAACCCCUCGCGUACCCAGGACUCCUGCUGCCCACAGUGCACAGAUGAACCUCUGCGUCCUUCCUCGUCCCAUAAUGACAGCGUGCCUAGUUACUGCAAAAAUGACGAAGGGGAUAUUUUCCUGGCAGCUGAGUCCUGGAAGCCUGACGUUUGCACCAGCUGCGUGUGCAUGGAUAGCGUAAUUAGCUGCUACUCUGAGUCUUGCCCUUCUGUAUCCUGUGAAAGACCUGUCUUGAGAAAAGGCCAGUGUUGUCCCUACUGCAUAGAAGACACAGUUCCUAAGAAGGCGGUGUGCCACUUCAGUGGGAAGGCCUACGCCGAUGAGGAGCGGUGGGACAUUGACAGCUGCACUCACUGCUACUGCCUACAGGGCCAGACCCUCUGCUCGACCGUCAGCUGCCCCCCUCUGCCCUGUGUCGAGCCCAUCAACGUGGAAGGAAGUUGCUGCCCAAUGUGUCCAGAAAUGUAUGUCCCAGAACCAACCAAUAUACCUAUUGAGAAGACAAAUCACCACGGAGAGAUUGACCUUGAAGUUCCCAUGUGGCCCACAGCAGGUGAAAAUGACAUCAUCCACCUCCCGAGAGAUAUGGGUCACCUCCAGGUGGAUUACGGAGAGAACAAUGGAGUGUACUCGAGUGAAGGCUCCUCACUGGACUCCAUCGCCUCUGUGGUGGUUCCCAUAGUAACAUGCCUGUCAGUCCUAAUAGCAUUCCUCUUCAUCAAUCAGAAGAAACAGUGGAUCCCACUGCUGUGCUGGUAUCGAACACCAACUAAGCCUUCGUCCCUAAACAAUCAGCUGGUGUCUGUGGACUGCAAGAAGGGAAGCCGAGUCCAGGUGGACAGUUCCCAGCGAAUGUUAAGAAUUGCUGAACCCGAUGCGAGAUUCAGUGGCUUCUACAGCAUGCAAAAACAGAACCAUCUACAGGCAGACAAUUUCUACCAGACCGUGUGAAGACAGGCAACGUGGGUCAGGUUUGAAACACAGAAAGCGACUCAAUCUGCUCUUAAAAGUAAACUAGAGUUUGUGCACUUGCUUAGUGGAUUGUAUUGGAUUGUGACUUGAUGUACAACGCUAAGAAUUAACUGGGAUGGGCUUUGUCUACAGCAGUGUGCAGAACAAGCAUUCCCACCUUUCCUCAAGGUAACUGACCAAGUGUUUUCUUAGAACCAAAGUUUUUACAGUUGCUAAGGUAUAUUUGCUUGUAAUAUAGCUGUAGAGAUAUUUGGGGGCGGGGACAGCGAGUUUGGUUGGGGGAAAUGGGCGGGAGGGCGGUAUUGGGAAGAAAAACUGGUCAGCUCGGCUCGGGGAGAAGCCCAGUGGGAUCAAAGCAGCUCAGUGGCCCAGAGGAGAUUCUUCCUGUUGCUCUGAAGACUGCACUGGCUGCUGCAAAGCUCAGGCCUGAGUGCGCAGGAGACAGACAAGCCUCGCGUUCCAGCUGCCACAGCCACCUUAGAGCCACCAGGCGCGCGCUUCAGAACUCUCGAUAGCCAUCCCAGGUCUAAAGCCACAAGUUUCUUUUCUAUACAGUCACAACUGCAGUAGGCAGUGAGGAAGCAAGGGAAAUGUGGUAGCGACAUUUCUCUGACGCGGGUUAUUAAGGAUCUAUACACUUAAUACUUUUUGCUGCUUUUUGUUUCCUUCCAAGCCAAUCAGCCAGUUCCUAGCAGAGUCAGCCAGGAACGUGAUCGGAGGGAGUCAUUUCUCGAUGUGAGCGCUGGAGCUUUUCUUAGAACAGCGCGGCAGGAAGGAGAGAGGGUGAAGGACACCAGGCAUCUCCAGGGGCUACACUUCACUGUUUGUUGUUGCUUUGUUCUGUUCUGUCCUUGGUUGUUCAUAGUUUUUGUUGAAGCUCUAGCUUAAGAAGAAGCUUUUUUUUAAAAAAAAAAAAAAAGACUGGGGAUUUUUUUUUCUUUAUUAUAUACUGAUUCUACAAAAUAGAAACUACUUCAUUUUAAUUGUAUAUUAUUCAAGCACCUUUGUUGAAGCUCAAGAAAAAAUAAUGCCUCUUUAAACUUUAGCAAUUAUAGGAAUAUUUAUGUAUCUUAUGCUUCAAAAACAAAAGUAUUUGUGUGCAUGUGUAUAUAAUAUAUACAUAUAUAUUUAUACACAUACAAUUUAUGUUUUCCUGUUGAAUGUAUUUUUAUGAGAUUUUAACCAGAACAAAGGCAGAUAAACAGGCAUUCCAUAUCAGUGCUUUUGAUCACUUACAAAAUUUUUGAGUGAUAUAAAAUCUCACUCAACCUGCAGUUUAAUUGGGGAAAAAAUGUGUGACAGUGUGAGAGCAAGUGUGUGUGUGUGUGUGUGUGUGUGUAUGAAUGAAUGUAUACACACCUAGAGCAGCCAGCAUCACACCUGCUACGGAGAGGGUAUUCCUUUAUUAAUGUAAUCAUCUUCAUUUGGAUUUGCUUUUGGUUGGUUUUCGAUUGGCUCACUGGCCACAGACAUUGAUGGCCGCUUUUAUCUGUGUCACUAAUCAGCUCCUGGAUUUUUUUCUUUUCAAACAACUGUUUGAAACAACUACUGGAAUAUUGUCCACAAUAAGCUGGAAGUUUAUUGUAGUUUGCCUCAAAUAUAACUGACUGUAUACUCUAGUGUUAACUUUUCAAACAGCUCUUAGCACUUUUAUACUAAUUACCCAUUUGUGCAUUGAUUUUUUCUUUUAAAAAUGCUUGUUGUGAAAGACACAGAUACCCAGUAUGCUUAAUGUGAAAAGAAAAUGUGUUCUGUUUUGUAAAGGAACUUUCAAGUAUUGUUGUAAAUACUUGGACAGAGGUUGCUGAACUUUAAAAAAAAUUAAUUUAUUAUUAUAAUGACCUAAUUUAUUAAUCUGAAGAUUAACCAUUUUUUUGUCUUAGAAUAUCAAAAAGAAAGAAAAAGGUGUUCUAGCUGUUUGCAUCAAAGGAAAAAAAAUUUAUCAAGGGGCAAUAUUUUUAUCUAUUUCCAAAAUAAAUUUGUUAAUGAUGUUACCAAAAUAGAUUUACAUCAACCUGAUUAGUAUAAAAAUUUUGUUGACAAUUAAUCCAUUCCUGGCAUAAAAAGUCUUUAUCCAAAAAAUUGUAAAUGCUUGCUUUUUGUUUUUUCAAUCAUGGCCAUAUUAUGAAAAUACUAACAGGAUAUAGGACAAGGUGUAAAUUUUUUUUAUUAUUUUAAAGAUAUGAUUUAUCCUGAGUGCUGUAUCUGUUACUCUUUUACUUUGGUUCCUGUUGUGCUCUUGUAAGAGAAAAACAAAUAUAAUUUCCUGAAGAAUAAAAUAGAUAUAUGGCACUUGGAGUGCACCACAGUUC